AAAAGUGUUUAUGUUUGUCUGUGUGAAAAAAGGGGAGAGGGGGACGAAAAAGGCAGACAAGGAUGACUUCAUAACUUCCGCUAGUGUGUGAGCGGCUGAAGGGGAGGUCUUAAGUCCUUUAAAUAGCGCAGCGCUACUCACAGACACUCAGAACAACUCUGGACUUGCACCGCUUUGGAGGAUCACAAUAACACGCUAUAUCUACAAAGAAACUCUACAAAAAUAAAGCAUCUUUCAGAAUGCAGAGCCUCAGUAUACUGCUGAUCUUCACCCUUUGCGGGUCAAGCUUGUGCAACCUUUUUGAAGAGAAAUAUACAGACUUUGGACUUCAAGUGUUCUCUGAAGCUAUUCAGUCUGCUCCGGACAGAAAUCUGGCUCUCUCUCCCUAUGGCAUCUCCUCAGUGCUGGGCAUGGCUCAGCUGGGUGCCUAUGGCAGCACACUUGAAAUGCUCACCUCCAAGAUGGGCUACUCACUGCAAGCACGAGGAAUGCCAAAGCUCCAGAAGCUUCUUCAGAGAGAUUUGGCCAGUGAAGAUGGAGUGGAAGUGGCCAGCGGUGUAAUGGUCGACAGGAAGAUAAUCUUGGAAAAGGUCUUUAGACGCAGCCUGACCAAAGCCUUCCAGAGCGUCCCACACCAAAUCGACUUCAGCCACCCAGAGAUGGCCAGGCAGGUGAUCAACUCCUGGACAUCUGACCACACUGGUGGAAUGAUUUCUGAAUUCCUCCCAUCUGGAAUGCUGAGUGAACAGACACGUUUAGUCCUGUUAAAUGCCGUCCACUUCCAUGGGAUCUGGAUGACACCCUUCGACCCUAAACUUACUAGGGAACAGCUCUUCCACAGAGCCAACGGCAGUGCUGUAUCUGUUCCCAUGAUGACAACGACUCAAAAAUUCAACUACGGUGAGUUUGUGACUGAGGACGGUGUGGACUACGAUGUCAUUGAGGUGCCUUAUGAGGGGGAGUCACUAAGUAUGCUUCUGGUGACACCAUUUGAGAAGGAUGUGCCUCUGAUGGCCUUGAUCAAAGAGCUAAGAAGCAGCAGGAUUCACCAAUGGAGAAAAGAGAUGAGAAAGAUUAGCAAACAACUGGCUAUUCCAAGGUUUUCUAUGGAUACAGAAAUUGAUCUGAAGUCUACACUGAGCAAGAUGGGUCUUGGAGAUAUUUUCAGCCAGAGCAAAGCUGAUUUCUCUCGCAUUACCACUGAGGAACCUUUAUGUGUAUCCAAGGUCCUUCAGAGAGUAAAACUUGAGGUGAAUGAAGAAGGAACCAAAGGCUCAUCUGCCACAGCGGCUGUCAUCUACUCUCGCAUGGCUGUCGAGGAGAUCACGCUGGAUAGACCGUUCUACUUCCUCAUUCAACACAAACCCACUGGUGCAUUGUUGUUCAGCGGUCAAGUUAACCAGCCUCAGGAAUACUAACAGACCAAGGUUGUGACUGAAGUAACCACACACGCAGAAGGACCAAGGAAAAGUCUGCACACAACAUACUACUGAAGACAAGAGAUCUGCAAAACUUUCUAUAUCUGCCAUUUGAGCAUAGCUUGGAGUGCCAAACUUUAAUAAGAAAUGUAUAAACAAGGUUAUUCAGUAUGUUAUCUCUGCUAUAGUGGGGAAAAGAUCUAGACUAUAAAAAGAAAGGACACGAAUUUAAAGCCUCAGCAGACAGAAGUUCUACAUGCACUAACUAUUUGAAGAUUGUAUUAAUUUCUAUGCUUGUUUCAUCUGAUGUUUAAUGUGCUUGUAUUUUUUUUUAAAGUAUUUAUAUUUAUUUAUUGUCGAAGGUCAUAUUUUCUUGAAGAUUGUGUAUAAAAAUUGUUUCCUUUUAUAAUAAAAGCAACCAUAUGCGACCAUAAAACACUUCUGCAUUCUUUAUUAAAUUACUUUGGAGCUGGCGACACCUUGUGUUCAAAAUUUGGCAACAACAAAAAGUCAAGUAUAUUACAACACUUUUCAGAUUAAAUGAAAGGCGUAGGUAGGCUAUUGUAAUAAUAAACUUUCAGAUUAAUGUGUGAUUAGCAAGAGUUAGUUCUUGACUACAGAUGGCAUUGCGAUGUUAGUGGCAAUUAAUGACCAAACUGAGCAGCACGAAUCUGGGUUAUAUUGUACAGUGAAAAGAUAAAAUUUCUUUGACUCACCCUAUCUCGGUUACCAUGGUAACCCGAAUCAGCCCCCCGUUUUGUCAUGGCAACAACAUCUGAACAUCUUGCCCUAAUGUCAGAGGCAAAGCUGUUAAUUUUCACAAACCCCACUUCAUUCCUUUUGUAGACAAACACAUCACUAUUUUCUUUUUUAAAUAUUUUUUAAAGCAGGAAUUAAUUUCUUGUGAAGGCAGCAAACGGACUUUCUGCAAGAGAUCUUGUGGAGACAGGAAUUCGCACAGCGCAUGCGCGCUGGUGGUGAUGACGUUAUACCUGACUCAUCUCUAGUGACGGAAAGUCCGCUUCAGUUCCGCGAAUCGGUUCUUUCAAACAGUUCGUUUCAAUUAACCGAUUCAACAGUUCUUUUAAGUCAUGAUAAACUGUGGCCCUUGGCAUCUCGGCCUAGCAUAUUACAUACUCCAAAAUUUUGUCGACACAUUAUUACGUUACGUUUCAUUAAUACGGCCGUUUACAGUAAUUCAUCAAUCUAUUUCGUGAACGAAUCGGUUCACACGAUGCAUUGAAAAGAUCCGACUCAAAAGAACAAUUCGUUCACGAAUCGGACAGCGCUACUUCAGGCAGCUUCAAUGGGGCUCUGAAACUACGAGCAGUCAAUUAGACAUGAAUUGAUAUUAUUUUGCGGUAUUUACCAAAAAGCGGGUUGCUGUUCACUGAAAUUACCCGACUGCUCUCAUUAAGCCGUCAGAAUG